CACCCGCCUCCGCCUCGUCCUCAAACUCAAAGGCGUCACCCUCCUCAUCCGCAAAAAACCCUACCACGUCACCCUCAACUUCCACCCUCAAAAAAGACGACCUCCUCCGCUUCAUCGCCUCCAAAUUCCCUCACGCCAUCGACAACAUCGACCACUACGACCUCCUCAUCGAAGACACCCAACCCACACACACCCUCGUCGGCUUCGACUCACCCACUCUCCACCGCAACUCCCUCUCCCUCCAAAAAGACCAGUGCCUCAGCGACGUCAGAUUCAGCCCCAAACGACAACUCCUCCGACUCGCCAUCAAACCCAUGCAAAUCUCCAUCCUCCUCCCCUACGGCGAACGCAUCCAAACUCUCCUCAGCCCCGAAGAACGCGUCUUCACCCUCACCUCCAUCGCCACCCGCAGAAUGCGCUCCCAAGGCCAACUCCUCCAAAACCACCUCUACUACCUCGUCAAGGACGACGCCCUCCUCAGCCGCCACCUCGAACUACUCGAACUCGGCAUCCGCUCCGGAGACCUCCUCCUCCUCAAACACACCCCAUUCCAACCCCGCCACGACUCCCUCAACAUCUGGGACGAACCCUGGACCGACGACCACGUCCAAUUCGACUCCCCCGACGAACGCAUCAAACAAGACUCACUCUCCUCCAAACCAAAACAACUCCCCUCCAUCAACAACCUCUCCCACCACUCCCCCAGCCAAGACUCCUUCCUCAGCACCAGCUGCUCCAAACCCGUCUCCGACUCCCACAACAAACCCAACCUCUCCCUCCUCAGCCUCGCAACCCUCAACAAACUCGUCCAACUCGUCACCGAGGCCGACGACUCCGACGGCGACUUCGUCAACACCUUCCUAACCAUGUACCACUCCUUCGCCUCCCCCGCGCAACUACUCGACAAACUCUUCGAACUCUACAACGUCCCCCCCAACCAAUC